CGGUGUCAGGUUUACGGAACAGAGCUUCCAGGCUGGACGCGCGAUAACCUGUAACCUGACGGCCGCAAGGAUUCCAUUCGCCUGACCGGCUCGGCUUGACCCUGCCCGCCCGCGCCAUGUUCGCGCGUGGGUCCCGGAGGCGCCGCUCUGGGCGCGCGCCUCCAGAGGCAGAGGACCCGGACCGCGGCCAGCCCUGCAACUCCUGCAGGGAGCAGUGCCCUGGCUUCCUGCUGCAUGGCUGGAGAAAGAUCUGCCAACACUGCAAAUGCCCACGGGAGGAACACGCGGUGCACACGGUGCCUGUGGACCUGGAACGCAUCAUGUGUCGGCUAAUCUCAGACUUCCAGCGCCACUCCAUCUCCGAUGAUGACUCGGGCUGUGCCUCAGAGGAGUAUGCCUGGGUGCCCCCUGGCCUCAAGCCGGAGCAGGUAUACCAAUUUUUCAGCUGCCUCCCAGAGGACAAGGUCCCCUAUGUCAACAGUCCCGGGGAGAAAUACAGGAUCAAGCAGCUGCUGCACCAGCUGCCUCCACACGACAGUGAGGCACAGUACUGUACUGCACUGGAAGAGGAGGAGAAGAAAGAGCUCAGAGCAUUUAGCCAGAAGAGGAAACGGGAGAAUCUGGGGCGUGGCACUGUGCGCAUCUUCCCAGUGACCAUCACUGGGGCCAUCUGUGAGGAGUGCGGGAAGCAGAUUGGAGGUGGGGACAUUGCAGUGUUUGCCAGCCGUGCAGGCUUAGGUGCCUGCUGGCACCCCCAGUGUUUUGUGUGCUCCACGUGCCGGGAGCUGCUAGUGGACCUCAUCUACUUCUACCAUGCUGGCAAAGUCUACUGUGGUCGCCACCAUGCCGAACGCCUGCGCCCACGCUGCCAAGCCUGUGAUGAGAUCAUCUUCUCCCCUGAGUGCACGGAGGCCGAGGGCCGGCACUGGCACAUGGGUCACUUCUGCUGCUUUGAGUGUGAAGCAUCUCUAGGAGGGCAGCGCUAUGUCAUGCGUCAGAGCCGCCCCCACUGCUGCGCCUGCUAUGAGGCCCGCCACGCAGAAUACUGUGACAGCUGUGGGGAGCACAUUGGCCUUGACCAGGGCCAAAUGGCUUAUGAGGGCCAGCACUGGCACGCCUCAGACCGCUGCUUCUGCUGCAGUCGUUGCGGGCGAGCCCUGCUGGGCCGCCCCUUCCUGCCCCGCCGUGGCCUAAUCUUCUGUUCGAGAGCCUGUAGCCUGGGGUCUGAGACCACCACUCAGGGUCCAGGCCGCCGCAGCUGGAGCACAAGCACAGUCUCUGCACCGUUUGCAGCUUCGACAGCCUCUUUCUCUACUGUGGAGGGGGCGUCUGAGACCGCCAGCAAAGGCACCAGCACGGAGCCAUCGCCUGCCGCAGGCCCUGAGGAACCCACCCGCUUUCUGAGAGGGGCCCCUCACCGCCAUUCCAUGCCUGAGCUGGGGCUCCGCUGCGCCUCCGAGCCCCCCACAGGCACUCCAAGCCAGCCGGCCCCGGAAGAUGGUGCCUUCAGUCGCCAGAGCGCCCCACGUGUCAGCUUCCGGGACCCUCUGGUGUCUGAGGGAGACCUGCGGCGGACCCUGAGUGUGCCCCCAGCCCAGAACCGCAGCAGGCCUCGCAGUCCUCCUCCCAGGGCCCCCCGCCGCCACCACCAUCACCGCUGUCGCCACUCUGGCAGACACUGCCACCAUCAGUGUGACUCGGGAUCCGGGUGGGACUCGGAAUCUUGCUCCAGCUCACCCCGCAGCUCUAGUUCCGAGUCCUCAGAGGACGAUGGCUUCUUCCUAGGAGAACGCAUCCCACUGCCCCCGCACCUGUGCAGGUCGGUGCCUGCUCAAGAUACUGCAAUGGAGACCUCGAAUUCCCCAUUUCCACCACCCCCAGGGAACUCACGCCAGUCCAGAGACAAGAAUUGCAUAGUGGCCUGAGGCAAGGCAGUCCUGGGGGCUCCAUUCUCAAAUUGGUGUAGCUGUGACCCACCCCGCAACCUGUCAUAAAUCCCCUUCUAUCCUUUGUCCAUUUGUACUGUUGAAGUAAUUUAAUAUUUGGUGUAAAACAGGCCUGUUGGCCUCCUUACUUCAGCUUCCCCCCUUCCCAAUUUUCCUGCUGCUGAUGCUUGAGAUUUUCCACAUUUGAUCAAAGGAUUAAUUUAUUCAUUAUCAUCUAA